AUGAGCCUGCUGCAAGGGGCAGCUCGAUCUCUUCCCCGGUCACUGAGGGCCGCGGGUAGACAGCAGUACCGAAUUCUCCGAUUCCCGCCCAUUUCGAGAUCGCUUUCCUCGACACCGUCGUCUCCGAACUCCUCAAAUCCCGCCCUCUCCUUCCCUUGCCUCGAUGCACAAGACGCUAAAUCCGCCCGUCUUUCUGCCAGAUCGCUUCAAUCUGGCCCCGAACCCUCUUAUACCACCGGCCACCAUGAGCGAUUCCACAGCGACGAGCCACUGCUACUCGACUGGGGCGGCGUUCUUCCACAAUUCGACGUCGCAUACGAAACAUGGGGUGAAUUGAACGCGGACCGGACUAAUGCGAUUCUACUGCAAACAGGACUGUCAGCGUCGAGUCAUGCACAUAGUACAAAGGCCAACCCGAAGCCAGGGUGGUGGGAGAAAUUCAUUGGGCCUGGAAAGCCUUUGGAUACAGAUAAAUACUUUGUGAUCUGCACAAAUGUUAUCGGAGGAUGCUAUGGGAGCACGGGUCCAUCGUCUAUUGACCUCGAUGGGAAACACUUCGCCACUCGUUUCCCGAUCUUGACAAUCGAAGACAUGGUGCGCGCUCAGUUCCGCCUGUUGGAUCAUCUCAAGAUCUCGAAACUGUCAGCUGCUGUCGGCUCGAGUAUGGGUGGCAUGCAAAGUUUGGCAGCCGGAGUUCUCUUCCCGGAGCGAGUUGGCAAGAUUGUUUCAAUCAGUGGAUGUGCUCGCAGCCACCCUUAUAGCAUUGCCAUGCGGCAUACCCAGCGACAGGUUCUCAUGAUGGACCCCAACUGGGCACGGGGAUACUACUACGACUCUAUCCCGCCUCACUCCGGCAUGAAGCUCGCUCGAGAGAUUGCGACCGUGACAUAUCGCAGUGGCCCUGAAUGGGAGAAGCGGUUUGGACGGAAGCGUGCGGACCCGAGCAAGCAGCCUGCUCUGUGCCCUGACUUUUUGAUCGAGACAUACCUUGACCACGCCGGCGAGAAGUUCUGCCUAGAGUACGACCCAAAUAGUCUUUUAUACAUCUCCAAGGCAAUGGACCUGUUCGACCUCGGCCUCUCCCACCAACUGGCUAUGAAGGAACAACGGGCAAAGUACCAGGCCAAGAUAACCAGCGGCGGCGGUGGGCAGGAAGCCAACAAUACCUCGUGCAGCCUCACCCUUCCAGACCAACCCUACCAAGAGCAGCCGUCGGCAGAAACCCCCGCAACACCACAUUCGGAGACGGAUACAGCGAUAGAACUCGAAUCGCCUCCGAAAGAUCUGGUUGCUGGUCUUGCACCUCUGAAAGACCACCAAGUAUUGGUCAUCGGUGUUGCGAGUGACAUUCUCUUCCCUGCAUGGCAGCAACGCGAGAUUGCACAGACUUUGGUGCAGGCAGGAAACAAAAAGGUCGAACAUAUAGAGCUCGGAGAGGACUUGUCCCUCUUCGGGCACGACACGUUCUUGCUUGAUCUUAAGAACAUUGGUGGUGCGGUGCAAAAAUUCCUUAAUUAG